AUGCCCAUGGGCCACGAGGUUCAUGGCCAAGGAGGAUUCAAGUUCCAGAACUGGGCCAAGACCUAUGGCUCCUCUCCAGAGCUGUACUUCCAGCCCACCUCAGUGGAGGAGAUCCGGGAGAUCCUGGAUAUGGCCAGGCAGCGUGACAAGAGGGUGAAGGUGGUGGGGGGUGGUCACUCUCCUUCGGACAUCGCCUGCACCGAUGACUUCAUGAUCCAGAUGGGGAAGAUGAACAGGGUCCUCAAGGUGGACAAGGAGAAGCAGCAAGUGACGGUGGAAGGUGGGAUUUUCCUCUCGGAUCUGAACAUCGAGCUGAGCAAGCACGGGCUGGCCCUGGCCAACUUAGGAGCCGUUUCUGAGGUGGCAGCGGCUGGUGUGAUCGGGACAGGGACGCACAACACUGGGAUCAAGCACGGCAUCCUCCCCACCCAGGUCGUAGCACUCACACUGCUGACAGCCUCGGGGGAGAUCCUGGAGUGCUCCGAGUCCAUCAACGCGGACAUCUUCCAGGCUGCCCGCCUGCACCUCGGCUGCCUGGGCGUCGUGCUCACGGUCACCUUCCAGUGCGUGCCCCAGUUCCACUUGCACGAGGUGGCCUUCCCCUCCACCCUCACUGAGGUCCUCGAUCACCUCAAUGACCACCUGCAGAGAUCUCAAUAUUUCCGAUUCCUGUGGUUCCCUCACAGCGAGAACGUCAGCGUCAUCUACCAGGAUCCCACCAACAAGCCCCCCUCUUCCUCUGCCAGCUGGUGGUGGGAUUACGCUGUUGGCUACUAUUUGCUGGAGUUUCUGCUCUGGAUCAGCACCUUCAUGCCCAGCUUGGUGUGCUGGAUCAACCGCUUCUUCUUCUGGCUCCUCUUCAGCUCCCGGGUGGAGAAUAUUGCCAUCAGCUACAAGAUCUUCAACUACGAGUGUCGCUUCAAGCAGCACGUUCAAGACUGGGCCAUCCCCAUUGAGAAGACGAAGGAAGCUCUGCUGGAGCUGAAGGCUGCCUUGGAGAACAACCCCAAGAUGGUGGCUCACUACCCCGUGGAGGUGCGCUUCGCUCGGGGGGACGAGAUCUGGCUGAGUCCCUGCUUCCAGCGAGACAGCUGCUACAUGAACAUCAUCAUGUACCGGCCCUACGGGAAGAACGUCCCCCGCCUCAACUACUGGCUGACCUAUGAGGGCAUCAUGAAGAAGCACGGUGGGAGACCACACUGGGCAAAGGCCCACAGCUGCACUCGGAAGGACUUAGAGAAGAUGUACCCAGCCUUCCCCAAAUUCUGCUCCGUCCGGGAGAAGCUGGACCCCACGGGGAUGUUCCUGAACACCUACCUGGAAAAGGUGUUUUACUGAUGGGGGCAAUGUGGGGGGUGGAGGAAAAAUCAGCCAUCACCCCCAGUUCUCGGGACACCCCCAAAGCUCACGGUCCCAAGGUGUUGCACCCCCAGCUCUGCCCUCAUCUGUCGUGACAGCAGGCAGCAAGGGCU